AACUAUGAAACGCUUUUCGCCUCUUCAAUUCUGCGUCUUUCUAAUCGUCUUCGAAGAUGUUCGGACAAUCUCGCUCAAAAAAUAGGUGCACCCAGCUCUGACACGAAUUCUCCAGUUGGUCAAAGUUCCCGAAAAGGUAAUCUCAGAUCAUCAACCUCUUUGCAUCAAGAACUCAGCGAUUCCUUAUCCAACAUGCGAACUGUGGAACAGCAAUUGCAAUGUACGUAA